AUGGAAGAAUUUAACAUCACUACAAUAGCAGGAUUUGUUCUGCUGUCUUUCUCUGACUUUCACCAAUACCAGGCUGUGAUCUUUGUUUUGGCGCUGUUAACAUAUGUCACAAGUGUCAUUGGAAACACAGCAGUCAUUGCAUUUGUUCAAACUGAACCUUCUCUUCAUACGCCAAUGUACUUGUUCAUUUGCACAUUUUCAGCUCUAGAAAUCAUGUUUGUUUCUUCCACUGUCCCAAAACUCCUAGCCAGCCUUGUGUCAACCAAUAAAAACAUUUCUUUCAUUACUUGUUUUACACAGCUGUAUGUAUUCAACUCCUUGGGCGUUACAGAAUGUUAUCUGCUUGCAGUAAUGGUCUUUGAUCGGCACUUGGCUAUACAGCACCCUCUGCAAUAUCCAGCUAUAAUGAACACUCGACUUUGUAACAAGUUAGCGGUUCUACCAUGGAUGGUUGGUUUUGGCAUUGUUAUGGCACCAACAAUCAUCACGGCACAACUAGAAUUUUGUGGUUCUGAGAUUAAUCAUUUCUUCUGUGACUUUGCUCCACUACAGAGUAUGGCAUGCUCUAUUCCACUUGUCCUCAUUGUGAUAACUAGUUCCAUUGCUUUCCUUGAUGUUGUAGUUCCUUUCAUUAUCAUUUUAGGAUUCUAUGUACAAAUCAUCACAACUGUUUUAAAGAUUAAGAGUAAUGAAGGGAAGCUAAAGGCCUUCUCCACAUGUUCAUCUCAUCUCAUUGUGGCCAGCCUCUUCUAUGGUACAGCUACCAUUGUGUAUGUAAAACCAAAGGGCAACCAGUAUGACAAAUUUCUUGCCCUUAUGUAUACAGCUGUUACUCCAUUCAUUAACCCAUUCAUUUACACUUUUCGGAACAGAGAUGUUAAAAGUGUGUUAAAAAAAUAUAUUGAACGAAUUCUAAAGAAGCAAUAG